AUGUUUUCUGGAGAAAUCACAAAUUGUUCGCAGGACUUUGAUUCAAAUGUGGAGUUUUCGUUCAACGUGGAUUUCACCUUCAAGAUUUUGGAUCGUCAUCAUCUGGAUCUCCGCCUAAACGCAAAAAAGCAUUACUUUAGACAUACGAAAAAUUUUUAUGUGGGAAAGUUGAGAGAAUAUGAGAAAAUAGAGACCUUAGUAAUAGUAUUAGAAUUUUUGGCCAUACUUUUUCAAUUCUUAGACUAAUUUUGAUGAUUUUAGUGUCUCCCAACACCGUCGGCCAGGCCUCCGGCCACGGCUCGUGCCAUCCAACCGAGCCUCAAGUCCAUACCGUGCAGGCCGAAGUUUCGCCGGCGGUCAUGGCCCCUCCUCUGGUUCGCCAACAUCAAACCGGCGUCCCGGAGGAGGGUAAAGAGGGGCCAAGCUCAACACUUGGCCUCUCUGGCUUCGGCCAAAACCCCGCCCCAACCGUUCAGGCCGAGCACCUGCCGGCGGUUGCGGGCACGGAGAGAUCGAGCUCACCACUCGAUCUCUCCGCCCCCAGCGCGUUGAUGCACACGCCCGUCUACAGCCCAGGGCACUCAACGCUGCAUGGGGUCCCCUCAAUAAAAUCAAUGGAAGUCUUCGAUGAGGGGGAAGACUGGGCUGUGGACGAGCCGGUCGAAGCCAGAAUGAAGCGGCUCGAAGAUGAACGAAAACUCUGGAAGGACGAAUGCCGGAGGAUGUGGCUGAGGCAGGCCACCUUGGAGAAGAAUCUCAGCUACUAUGAAGGAGCAAUUGAAGAGGCUCAACAUGAAUUGAAGAAGGCUAAAGAUGAAGCCGCCGCCGCUAUCAAAAAAGCGGAAGAAGAAGCCGAAUCCAAGGUCACAGAGCUCCAACGGAAAUACUUUGGGGCGCUAACCGAAGCCGACCGUGCUCAGAGAAAACAGAAGGAGACAGAAGAAGAAGUCGUCCGUCUCCAACAACGGCUGAUGGAUAAUUUGAAGAAGGCCGCUCCUCGGUCGCCAAGAAACCGCUCCAGAAGUCCGAUCACGGAGCGAUCACCAACGCCGGAAGUUCAGCCUGAAGUCCCGCCGCCGAUGCCUGAAGCCCAACCACAAAACGAACCAGAACCACAGCAACACUCCUUCGACGUACCGGUAGAAGAACAACAGCACGAGGCCCCAGGGCCGGUCCGAAGAAGAAUGCCGAAAUGCCGAAGAAGAUGCUGCUACCAGCCGCCGCCUGCCCCUCAAGUUCCUCGGCCUCCGCGAAGAUCAAGAGAAGUAGAAAAACUCGGCCCAAUAAUCGAAGCGGUGGUCUUUGAAGAACGGACCAGAAGAAGCCGUCAGCCCCCGGCAAGGCUUAUGGUGGACAUGGUUCGAAGGUCGUACACCACAAUGAGGAAUUCCUUGUUGCCCCGUAAGUUUAUUGGCUCUUGUUUUUUACUUUUCAAGCCAAAACCCUCUAGAAAUAAACCAAAAUAAGGUGUUUUUUGAAGAAAAAAAACAUUAUCCAUACAUAAUUCUCAAUAAUAUCUUUUUUUUCAGGAAGAAGAACCCAAGUUCCGGCAAAUCCCACGCCUUGGAACCUUGGAUAAGGUGGAGACACAUAAAGUAAGAUUUUUUGGGAACUGUUUGACCUUGACUUAGGCUAAAGUAAUAUAAUUUUUGCUCUAUUUUCAGAUGAAGGCCAGUCAGACCGAAGCGGAGAAGUGGAUACGGCACCCUUGCCCCCUGAAUCAGCCCGGGGGGCAUCUGGAAUAA